CCGGCAUAAGUAUCCUUGAGUCGUGCAAUUUUAAUUUUAGGGUUUCGCUCUCAUACUCUCACUUUCGUAGCCGCAAGACUCCUCUCAGAUUGGCGAAAAAAAAAAAGACUCCUCUCAGAUUCUUACUUGCAGGAUUUGGGGAACAGAAGAUGGAGUUACGUAGCACUACAAAACACAAGAGUGGAACCAUUCCGAGUGUGAUAUUUAGCAACACCAACGGGUACAAGCUUGAAGAGUUGGUCAAGGGUAAACCGGACGGCAAGAAAGCCGUUCCUGGAGCACGGAUUAGUGUUCGCUACAUUGGAAAGCUUCAGAAAAAUGGGAAGAUCUUUGUUGACUAUUCAAAAACACCGUUUGAGUUUAUUCUAGGUUCUGGAGAAGUUCUUCAGGCAUUCGAAUUUGGUGUUGGAGGUUUUCUUCCAGGAGUCGAAUCUGGUGUUGAAGGCAUGCUUGUUGGUGGCAAAAGAAGGAUUACAGUUCCUCCACUUAUGGGGUAUGGCAAGGGCGGUGAUGGUAAACUGGUUCCUCCUAACGCUUGGCUAGUUUUUGAAGUCGAACUGCUUGAUGUUAGUGCUGGAAGCUCAAUGAUUGAAGCCACUUCUGAUGUGACAACACACGAUAAUGGUCUCACCAUUGAAGUGUUGGUCAAAGGUAAACCGGAUGGUAAGAUAGCUGUUCUAGGAAAAUGGAUUCGUGCUCUCUACACUGGAAAGCUUCAGAAGAAUGGGGAGAUUUUCGAUUCCAAAUUCAGCAAAAGACCAAAAACGUUCUGCCUAGGAGGUGAUCAUAAACUUGGUUUGGGAUUCAGUUUUGGCAUAACAGGCAUGCAUGUUGGUGAGAUAAGAAAGAUUACCGUUCCUCCAGUAUACGGGUUUGUUGGUAAACGGGUUCCUCGUCAUGCUUGGCUGGUUUUCCAAGUCGAACUGGUUGAAGUUGUUGAUGAUGAAGUUGUUGAUGAUGGUAAUGAUGAGUAACUAACUGGUUGAAGUUAGUUAUGAGUAACAAAACAGUCUUUUUGUCCCAAUAAAUUGUCUCCGAAUUGUAAACCCGUGCAAAUCUUGUCAGAGACAGACUCUAAUAAUCUCUACUCAAAAUGAAUGUAGACAGAUAUUACAGUUUGCUUAGCAGUUGGUUCACUCUUCA